AUGUCCCCAUCAACCAAAAACAAGCCGCAGAGGCCGUUGACCGUGGCUGCCGCCCAGAUGGGCCCAGUACAUCUCGCAGACAGUCGGCAAGCGGUGCUGAACCGAAUGUGUGGCCUCCUCGACCAGGCGGCCGAACAUGGCGUGCAACUGGUCGUCUUUCCCGAACUCGCCUUUACCACCUUCUUCCCCAGGUACUUACUUGACCCCAAAGACGUUGGCCGCUACUUUGAGAUCGAAGACCCCCAGAACGGCUUGGGCAUCGCGCAAUCCCCAAACGUCAAGCCGCUGUUCGACCAUGCAGCCAGAUUGGGAAUCGACGUGUGCGUGGGAUACGCCGAGAGGAGUCUCCAAACGAACAAGCCAGGCUCAGACUCACAAACCUCGCAUAUCGACUACAACUCAUGUGUCUAUUACUCGGCCCAGGCCCGCGCUGUCGUGGGAAAAUAUCGCAAAAUCCACCUUCCAGGCGCCGUGGAGCCGUACACGGCGCCCGGAGCCUUCCAGCAGCUGGAAAAGCGAUACUUCCGCCCUGGUGACCUGGGCUUCCCUGCAUUCCGGGCUCCUGGUCUGGUGGAAGGUGCGCUGAAAAAGGACAGCAAGGUGACAGCCCCUGGACCAACAAGCGACAAAGGCGACCCAAUUAUCGGCAUGUUGAUCUGCAAUGACCGGCGCUGGGCCGAAGCCUGGAGAGUCUAUGGCCUGCAAGGCGUCGAGGUCGUCUGCUGCGGAUACAACACCACGGCAUUCGCGACCAAGGCCACGGGCGAGAUGGUGGACAUGACACCCGAGGAUGCGGAAGAGGAGGUGUUGUUGCACCACCGGCUCUCCUGCCAGGCCAACAGCUACAUGAAUGCCUGCUUCAGCAUCAACGUGGCCAAGACGGGCGCCGAAGACGGGAACCCUCUGGUCGGCGGCACCAUGAUCGUGCACCCCAAUGGCCAUAUCAUCAAGGAAGCCGAAACCAAAGAGGACGAGUUGGUUGUGGCCACAAUCGACCUGGCCGACUGUGAUCGAGGCAAGGGAAAGACCUUUGCCUUCCACAAGCAUCGAAAACCGGAGCAUUAUGGCGCCAUUGUCGAGCAGGUGGGAGUCGUAGAGCCAGAGCUGCUAUGA